UUGAUCUAAUAAAUAAUAUGACCCCAAAAAUAUUUUCUAAUACAGUUAACCCAAAUACCCAACUAAUCAAAUCACUAAAAUAUACUUCAGAGUCAUUUCAAAACAAUUUAGCAGAUCUCCCACACUCCUUAACAAAUCUAGAACUUGGUCUCUCAUAUUCCAGAGAUUUAUCGCAAAUAAGGUAUUUAAAAUCUCUUGUCGCUCUAAAACUCUCAAUCAAAUUUGUGUACUUUUCUUUUGAUGACAAAAAACCAAAUCAGUUUCCAGAUAGUCUAACACUAUUAGAGUUGGGUACAGAUUCGAUCUCCUAUCUUUUACGUUCCUAUACCUGCCAAGGUGGUGUGCAUCAUAAAAAAUUUCAAAUCAAUAACACUUGGAUACCAAAAAAUAUAAAAAACUUGAUACUUUGGGGAAAUCCAACAUACAUGCGACAAAGUCAAGAAUCUUUAAUACCCCAAUCGAUAUAUAUACACAACUCGAAUAAAAAUUUAAAUGAAAUCAUAAAUCAAGAUCAAAAUUUAUUUUUAGAGAAAUUCAGAACUUUAAAUACAACCAAAAUGAAAAAAGUUUAUAAAAAUAUAUUAAAUAAAUAUAUAAAACAAAACAACCUAAUAAAUUAAAAAAAUAAAACAAAUUUAUAAACAUUGUUUCAAAUUAAAAAAAAAACAAUAGAAUAAAAUGUUUUGU